CAAUAAGAUUCAGUUAGUCAAGGUGGAGGAUGGGAGCAGCAUGGAACUGUCCCAGCUCCUCAAUGAGAUCAGGGCAAACUAUGAAACGCUCAUCACCAGAAGUCAGAUAGAGACCGUCCUCUCAGCAGGGACCCAGGUAAUGAUUGCAUACAGACAGGCACCUACUCGCAUAAGGAGACAAUCCAAUGUGUACUCAGUUCCUCUCUCAGCCUCUGUGAGCUAGAAGCAGCUACUAGUGAAAGAAUGAACAAAGACGAAGAAGUGCUAAAAGAAGCCAGGGCAGAGCUAAAUGAAGCUAGACGUCAGUGGCAUCACAUGCAGAUGGAAAUUGAUUCUCUCCAUGCUGUGGAAAAGGGCUUAGAACGUUCUCUCCGUGCAACAGAACAGCGGUAUCAGACACAGCUAAAUCAUUUUGAAACAGAGAUUGAAGGCCUGGAGAAAGAGUUACAAGAAGUGCGACAAGGCAUUGAAAAGCAGCUCCAGCAACACGAUAUACUACUGAACACUAAAAUGAGGCUUGAGCAAGAGAUAGCAACAUACCGCAGUCUACUGGAGGAGGAGGAGAAAAGGUUUCAUUAUUCUACACAUAAAGAACGAAAAGAUGACAAAAGACCUACCACCAGCAGAAUAGCAUUUAUUUUGCCUUCACCUAGCGAACUAAAGAAGCAUGAGAUUGAAAAAGUUGAAAUAUUGACAAAGCAAGCAGUCUUAAAUGGAGAUAUUGCAAAGGAGAGUGCAGCAGCUCAUGGCACAAUACAGACAGAAAAAGUGGAUGAAGUGAUUAAAGAAUGGGAAGGCUCUUUCUUUAAGGACAACCCCCGCUUAAGGAAAAAAUCUGUUUCUUUGCGCUUUGAUCUCCACCUGGCAGCAACAGAUGAAGGUUGUUUACAGACUAAACAGAAAAGCCUGCCUGAUAUUGAAGUGAGAUUGGUUAUGAGGCGGUCUUGCAGCAUCCCAUCUAUCAAAACCUAAAUCUGCAAAACUAAUUCAAAUAUUAUUCAUGGAUAGGUUUCAGAAUUAAAUGUUAAGAUGGACCUAGAUGGACUACAUGACUGCUUCCUGUCUGUCAAAACUAGGAGUACAUGCUUUCACCUAAUAUAUAUUCCUAUAGCCCAAUAAUUCUUUUGAACAUGUGGGAGAAAGCUAAAAGUGUUAAACUGAGAAACAGAAUUCCUAUUACAUUAUAAUAUGCUUGUUGAUGUACUUUAUUUUUUCAUUUGUUCUAUUCCAAAGAAGUUUUCUUUACUUUUAGAAUGUUAUCAAGUACUUGAGAACUGAAUGGUUUCAAAUAAUUGUUCUAAAGAACUAAACAUCUAAAUUUGAAUAAUUUAUUUUAGCAUAGGUUGACUAUGUAACUAUCAUCAUAAACAUACCAAAUUGUUAAUUUUUCUCUCCUAGCAAGUGCUUCAUCCAUACAAGUGCAAAGCUUAACCUUUCUAAUUGCCAAGAAGUCUGUUAAAGUCCAUGUGCUGCUUUGAAGAAAGCAGUUGAUGAUCACAUGAAAAAUUAGACAUGAUGGUUGACAUCCUGACUAAAAUUACUCAAUAGCAGAACUACUGAAAUUAACUGGUCUUUUAGAAUAACUCCUAAAUAGUACUAUUGAGUAACUUAGUUUGAAUGUCAUUCAUUAUUUCUUGUUCUUUCAGGGAUGGUUAAUAAUUUUGCACUUAUCCAAAGUGUGUGUGUGUGUGUGUGUGUGUGUGUGUGUGUGUGUGUGUGUGUGUGUGAUUACCUAUACACAAGACAGGAAGCCACAGUCCAGACAGAACAUGGUGAAACAGACUGGCUCCAGAUCAGCAAAGGAGUCAGACAAGGCUGAAUACUUUCUCCUUAUUUAUUCAACUUAUAUGAUGAACAUAUACUGAGAGAAGCUGGAUUGGAAGAAGAUGAGUGUGGUUUUAAAGUUGGAGGAAGAAACAUCAAUAACCUAUGCGACGCUGAUGACACCACUCUGAUAGCUGAGAAUGCAGAUGAUCUGCAAACUAUAGUAAUGAAAGUCAAGGAGCACAGUGAAAAAAUGGGGCUAUGACUAAAUGUCAAGAAGACUAAACUAAUGACAAUAGGUACAGCAACCAGCUCCAGAAUUUAUAAUGAAGACAUUGAAGAGGUGGAUAGCUUCUGCCUUUUAGGAUCCACCAUCAACAGUAAAGGAUCCAGCAGUCAAGAAAUACGCCACAGACUAGCACUUGGUAGGGUUGUAAUAAAGGCAUUGGAAAGGAUAUUUAUAUGCCAUGAAAAGUAAUGUAGAUACCUACAAAGAUUAGAAUCGUUCAGACAAUGGUUUUUCCCGUGACACUCUAUGGAUGUGAAAGCUGGACUUUGAAGAAGCACGAUAGAAAAAGCAUUGAUGCUUUUGAAACUUUGGUGCUAGAGAAGACUUUUGAGGAUACCAUGGACAGCCAGGAAAACAAACAAAUGGAUCAUAAAACAAAUCAAUUGAGAAUUUUCACUCAAGGCACAAAUGACGAGGCUCAAAACUAUCAUACUUCGGACACAUUAUGCUAAAACCCAGCUCCCUUGAGAAGUCCAUAAUGCUGGGAAAAGUUGAAAGGGAUGAAGAAAAGAAGAGGAUGACCAGCAGCAAGGUGGAUGGACUCAAUUACGAUAGCAAUAAAUGUACCACUGAGAGACCUUAAAGGCGAAGCUGUAGACAGAUCAUCCUGGAGAGAAUCUAUCUACGUAGUCACUAAGAUUCAACACUGACUUGACAGCACUUAAUCAAAUAUAUAUAUAACAUUAUAUAUAUAUAAUGUUAAAAUAUUUUUAGUCCAAUGUUUCAGCUUCUGCUUUCUUCAGUAACACACAGUUGUGAUUUAAACAAAUAUUGCUAAUCUGUAUGACAGUUUAAAGAACGCUGAGAACUGAGGAAUUCUCAGCAGAAUGUCACAUGCCAGAGAAAUAAAUACACACAUACACACACUAUUGUCUUCAAGACUAAGGCUAUUUGAGAGGGACAGGUUAAAUCAAGUCUAUAGAUCCAGAAGUUCUCUCUGUCUUCUAAUAUCCUUGGAUUAGAUGGUUUCUCUACAAAAAGUUAGAAAAGUGCUGGUCAUUAGAACGAUAGUGCUUUGCAAGAGAUGGUUUAGGCUUCUUUGUAAUAGCUGACUUAAGGUUUCUAAAUCAUGUACAAAGGUCUAUUUUUCCAGUGUAUGAAUGUUGCAUCUAGGGCACUUGCAUUCUAUAACAUAUAUAAUAUUGUUGGACUUGCAGGUGAUGUUCUAAUUUACAAAAAAAAAAAAAAAAACCCACCUAGUUUUACAAACUAUUCUACUUUUGAAGGUGAUUGUUUCCCUAAUGGUAAGUACAGGCAACAGGGGCGUAACAAGGCUGGAGUGGGCCCAGAGACAAAAUUUUAAAAUUGGCCCCUCGCUGAUACACACUCACUUCACAUGUGACUUGCCUCUGGGGGGCCCCUCGAGGCGUGGGGGCCCCCAGGCAGCCUCCUCCCCUUGCCUAAUGGUAGUUACACCCCUGACAGGCAACUGUACAUGUAACUGUGCAGUUACUGUACAUGUAACGGGAUUCAGUUACAUGAUUCACAGUUAUGUGAGUUAUGUGUAACUAAGAAGUUAGCUACCAUAGUAGUUUGGAGAUGCAGCUAGAUGGAAGUAUAUGAGAUACAUUGAGAUACAAAUGAGAUACAAUGUUCUUUGCCGACAGUCUCCCUGUUUGUUUGAAGAGGAGAGAUUAUUUUAAGAAUAUGAUGUCAAAGUUAUAGGAAGGUCCUUUCUAGAAGGUCCUCCUUACGUUUGUUAGGGUUUUUGCACUAUUAGGUUUUUUGCACUAUUUAUCAAUAUUGUUGCAUAUACAUUCAUUUCUGAGGGCUAAACUGAAGAUGUCUCUUUUUACAUGCCCUGGGUAGCAGGAACUCCAGUCCAAGUAAACAUGAGCAUUAGAUAGUUUGCUGUACAGAUCUGUGAGAAUCUGACUAUACUCAAUGGGCAGGAGAACAUCAAGGAAAGGAAUUCAUCAAUUCUCAGUGGUGCUAUUCGAAGUGAACCUGAUCUUUGCCAUUUGUCCAGAUUACAAAGAUAUCAGUAAUAUAAUCCAACCAUGUGAGCUGUCUGUAUUUUGAUCCUCUAGGAUAAUUUGUUCAAGCCCAUAAAUAGAUUGGUAUAAUAUGGAGUCAUGUGUGUGCCGUUUAUUUGUAGGUAGCAUUUGUUACAAAUAAAGUUCAGUGUAACUAAGGUGGUUAGGAGGUUCAUUAGAAACUCUGCUCUUUAGAAACUCGUUUAGAGCUUGAAUUCCAUUGUUGUGUAGCACAUUAGUGUAAAAUUAAAUGACAUCAAAUGUUAUAAGUACAGUGGCCCACAUUUUCCACAGAAUCGCAAGGGCGGAGCAGGAGCUCCAGCCUCACAGGGAGCCAGGAGACUAGUUGUGCUUAAGGCUUGCUGAGCAACUCAGCAUGCAGAGGGGGAAGGCACACUCUUUAGGGACAUUUGUAGAAGCAACAAAGGCUUUUGCAGAGAGGGGAGAGAAGCGGACAUCACUUCCUCUUCCCCUUCCCCACACACUGGGCUGCACAGCAAGCCUUCAGCACAGCUACUUUCCCCAGCUCCCUGUGAGGGUGGAGCUCUUGCUCUCUGCCCUCAUAAUGCUGCAAAGAUGGGGAACCAGUGUUGUUAUCAAAUUGAUAUUACUUAUUCAAGGCCUUUUUUCUCUAGGAAACCUUGAUGUCUCUGAUAUAUGAUUGGAGGUUAGAUUUUGUAAAUGUGAGUCAAUAUACAGACAUAUCCUUUCUGUAACUGUGCUGUUGCUGGAGACAAUGAGGCAUUCCAGGUUGUUAGGUUUAUGGAUCUCAGGUAACAUAUAAAAUAUUUUGGGAGUUGAUUUGAAUUGAUCAGAUCAGCUAUUUUGUUCCUGAGUAAUUUUUCAUAUUUAGAUCCUUAUAUUGUUUUAGAAAUGUAGUUACUGAGCUAUGGUGUUGCGUCUUUCUGGAAGAAUUUGUAAAUGACUUAUAGUCAUUUAGUUGUCUAAGACCUUCAGAUAUGUAAUUUGUAGGUUUUAGUACCACACCACCACCUUUGUCAAGGAGGUUUAAUGAUGCUGGCCAACAUCCUGACUAAAGCAGCAUGGGGACACAUGCUGUACUAGCCUCCACACUAGUCCUGAAGUCCAAGCGUUCUUGUAAAAGAGUAUAAAUGCUUUCAGAGCUUGCCCUUGGUCUGAAAGGAUUCUGAGAGUGGAAACACAUCACUGAGAGUCAGAUGAUGUAUUCCAUUCUAACAGAGUGCUUCCGGGUGGAGAGCAAGCUCUGAAAGUAUUUGCACUGUUGCGCAAGAGUACUUGUGCUUUGGAACUAGCAAGGGGGCUAGUUUGCAUGGGUGUUGAUGUUAGGAGCACCUAUACUGAGUUAGGAUGUGAGCCAAUCCUUUUCUAAAGGUUUCUUAGAGCUAUUCUUUCAUCUUUAGAAAGACUGUCAUAAGUUGAUGUUAGUAUAUGGCUGUUCAUUGUUUUUGUUAGAAAGGUUUUCUAAGACAGGGUUUCUGUUGAUGUUUGACAUCCAAGUUUUUGGAGUGCUGAUCUGAAGUAGAAGAUCCUUGUUGUUGUGUGGUCAAUGGCGUCAUCACAGAAAAAUGCUGUUAAUCAACAUCUUUCAAAAAUUUAAUGUCACUUUCCGUUCAUGCUGCAUUGUGUUCUCUUAGUGUUAGACGGAAAUUAAAAAUCUUAGACAGAAAUUAUAUUUCACAUUGCAAUAUGUUACCUAGAAGGUCUAUCAUCAUUUUGGAGUUAUUUUCUUCAUCACUAAGACCAGAUCUCGUGUGACGUAAAGAGGUUUAGGUAAGUGAUCGGAAUCUCAUUUCUGAUAUGUUUCUUGGUGAUCUCAGUUUUGUGAGUUGAAGGAAAUGUAUCUAUAAAUGCUUUAUUUUGGUAGAGAGCUGAAUGGAAGAUGGAUAGAGAAGCUGAUGUUUUAGAAUGUCCCUUAAUUUUGUUGUUGCAUAGAUGUUAUCAAAAGUUAUUUGUUUUCUUCUGUUUACACCAACACACCCAAACACAGACAUGCACACACAUACUCUACAGCGGGACGUCUUCCAACUAAGAAACCAUGCAAAUAUUUUCUAAGGCUUCUCUUUUAAAAGCCAGCUUAAGCCAUACUUUGCCUGUUUGACAUCAGCACUUUUAUGAGAUCCCAAUAGGUUAAAACCCAGGUAAGGCUGCAGCCAAGUCGUAAUCACUUUGUCAAUAGGUCAACUACCCAUAGCUGAUUACUCUCAUUGCUCAGUCCCUGUGGGCCAAUAUGGCCUGUUCCUGACCGGCUCAAGCUUUCUUGCAAUACUGCCCAUUCACCAGGGAGAUAUCCUAAUUGGCUCCUCUUUGGCAAGAAUGUCAGGGUUCUUGUUUUCUCUGCUCCCUCUUCCAUGAAAACAUAAGAAGAUGCCAAUCAGAAAGAUUUCAGACCUGUCACUUUUGCUGGUCAUAUAAAAUGGACUGUGUAGUACAUUUCUUGCUGGCUCUUCAUUUUUUACUUUGAGUGAAAGUAAAGUGAAAGAUUUCCUUGAAAGGAGACUGACUAUUCAAAUAUGUCCCAUCCCCCUAUUUUCAAAAAAGAAGUAUAUUUCAUGUAAUUCUUUUUGCUUACAUUUUUCACUUUUUCCUUAAAGGUCAAGGUGAAUACCAUUCUUUCCUUAUUGAUUUUGCAAAAUCUUGCCAGUUCAUGCUUCUGAACAUUAUAUAUUUUUUAAUCUCAGUAGGCUGACAUUCUAGUUUCUUUGAAGCCAAUUGCAAACUCUUGAUUUCACUACAUCCAAUCCUUUAGCUGCAGUGAUGUAGUUGAUUACAGUAACAGGGAUACAUAUAUUUUAAGUAUAAAACAUUAUGUUGCCUGUGCUGAUAUCAUCUAGUUUAUCAUCAUAACAACUGGAAUUAUAUCUAUUUCACAGACAAAUGGGACCAAAAAGGGCUAUAAACUGAAGCCAAAAUUGUGCUCAAGUAUUACUAUUAUAUUGUUAAUGCAAAACCAAGAAGCUAUAAUUUUUGUAUUUGUGCUCCCUUAUUUCAUUUCAGCUACCACAACUCUGUGUGUGUGUGUGUGUGUGCGCGCACACACACACACACACCCCUUAUUCCUGAGCAAAACAUAAGAACAAUAGCAAAGCACAGGUGUACUAGACAUUCCCUCAUUAAGAAAUUUAAGAGAUUGUCUUCUUCACUAUGAGCAACAUCGCCCAUUGAGUUCAUCCAGAAAGGUUCGUUUUCCACAAGCUUGUCUGGUGGCUACACAGGGAUGGGCCUUCUCUGUUGCUGCCCCAAGACUCUGGAAUGCGCUCCCUGCCAAAAUAAGAGCCUCCCCAUCUCUGACAACUUUUAAAAAGUCCUUAAAGACUUAUUCUUUCACCCAAGCUUUUUAACUGGAUUGUGGUUUUAAAUUGUUUUAAAGUUUUUAUUUUUGUCUUAAUUUGUUUUAUGUUGUAAACUGCCCAGAGAUGGAAGCUCGGGGCAGUUUACAAAUUUAAUAAAUAAGUAAUCAUUAAAGUAAAAAAGAGUGAGACCUAUAGUUUCUUAUACUAAUUUAUUGCCUGGUAACGCAAGUUCAAUAAACUAGUGAUUAAGGGGCCACCAAUCUCUGUGGUGCUUCAAAAGGUGUAUUGAAUGGAAUCAUGUGUUAUUAAAAAUUGACUCCCACCUAACUUUAAUCUGGAAUGCUACAGAUCGUAUUUACCUAUAGGCCAGGAUCCAAGGAACCACAUUACUACUACUGCAAACCAAAGAGGCUUUAGACGUAUGUUUCUUGACCACAUGACAAACCACUUUUGAAACCGAGAAGAGUUUGGAAAAAUGUUUGUGAUAUGGCAUGGGGCCUAUUGUUCAAAUAACUGAGUAGAAAAAAAUUCACUGUGUGCACUUAGCUUUUGGCCAUACCAAAAAUAGCACUUUCAAUCCUGGCCACAGUACCUUUUUGAUAAUUAUCUUUGCUUUAUACAAGGAAGGAGCAGCAUCUUACAUUUCCUCAUUGAGAAGAGCAUCACUUUUCUUGAAAAGAUGGAGGAGAGAGACAUGGUUUGAACUAAAAAAAAGUCCUGUGUUUGUAGCAAACACCUACAAUUUUCUGUCAAAGCACAGGUACAUCAUAUAGCUUUACCAUCUUGGAAAGACAAGACAACAUUUCACAAUUUCAAAUAAAAUGGUAUACUUUUAUUUCCAUACUACAAAUUCCAAACUCUUGUCUUUAAAAAGAUUUUAAAAACUAAACUUGAAAAUAGGCACUUUGGUAUAGAACAACUAUGCUCUUAUGCUGCGAUUAUUAUUAAUAUUAUUAUUAUUAACAACAACUGAUGAGAACUACAACUAGUCAGUACAUCUUCAAGACUCAAGAUCCGUGUUUUCUUUAGUUGGGUCCUCAGUAGCAUGUAAGAAUUUUACUAGAGUGUGAACAGUUGCCUUAUUACAAAUGGCAUGCUUUUAAAAAAUGACACAGCAAGUAUCAGGCUGCAUUUAGUAAACUUCUAACUUUUGACAUUUAAAAAGCAUUUCUACUGCAGGUUUUUGUUCUGUAACUCAACAUAGUAUGUUAGCUAACUCUUAAUUUUAAUCUGAAUACACUCAGAUCUAGUAUUGAUAAUGUUUGAUUACCUGACAUUCUGAAUGUAAAACUGUUAUUAAUUACCUUCUGCAGCGUUUUUGUUUUUUGUUGGGGCUUAAUUUGUACUUUUUACAACUGAAUUUCAAAAUGGAGAUUAAAAGCUACUUUUCAGCAUUAAAGAAAACAAUAGAGAAUUUACCAAAGUAAAUGAUACCACUGCAAUACAGAAUAAUAAAACUGAGCUUGGCAAAUAUAA